UAAAUUGUUUAAAGUCGAAAAAACCGAUGAAGAUUGCUGUGAAAGGGCCAUAAAAGAAGUGAGGAGCCAUAUGUUUAUUGUGUGUCGUAUUUAUCAUCUGUCCUUUUUGUUAAUAUUAAUUAGAUACUCAUCACAGAAUCAGCUCAAGUGUUGUGCUUUUCUUAAUUCAUAUUAUGUGAAUAAGAAAUCUCAGCGGUGUUGCCUUCAAAGAGCAACUCCUGAGCAAAGGCCGCAGGAUCAUACUAUCCAUGAACAUUUGUUUUUCCUAUGAAGGAUCCUUCAUUGAGCAAUCAUUUACAGCUAAAAUGGAUGUCUGAGAAGACAAAUGCUAACUUUAACCCUGCCAUUUACGAGCGCCACCGCUUGCCUCUAAGGAAACACUCGUGCAGCGCCAUUUACGAGCACAAAUCCAUGCGCGAGGAGGAACUGAUAAACCAUCCACGAGUUGUUGCGUCAUCUCGUGUCAUUUGCGGACCUGCCGAAGCUUCUUUGCUCGAGAUGAUGCAGUCCAUAUAGAAGCAUGUCCGAGGGGCCUCCCUUUUGUGAGCUAAAGGAAGCUGAAAGAAUGGAGCCUUUGGGGAUUGUUUCAGAAGCACAAGAGCUCAGCCAGAAGGGAAAGCAAAUGGGUUGCAGCAAAUGGCGAUAGACCUCUUUAGAUCUGCACGAGGACGAGUGUUUCCGUCUCUCAUAAGGAAGGGUUCGAAUUUAGUUGAUUUGUCGCAGGUCAACGUAGCAAGCAAGCUAAAUGACCCAAUUGCUCAUGCUGGUUUUCUCCUCUUGAGAUAGAGAACAAGCCCAGUCUUGCUAUUUGCUACCCGACGACACUGAGCUCACCUCUUUUUGAAUUAUCUUCCCCUUUCAGAGUCUUGCAGAUCGCAGCGCGACCAUGAUUGAUUCCAAUCCACCAUUCUUUGCCGCUUACGGGAGCCUCUUCCGCAGCCGACCGGCUGCUGGUAAUCAUGAGGCUGAGGCAGUGGAGGAGUGCGACCUCCCGAUCGUGGAUCUCAGCCGUCUUAGCGACGAGCUCCAGGUCGAGCAGUGCAAGCGAGAGAUCGUCACGGCCGCCUCGGCGUGGGGCUUCUUCCAGAUAGUGAACCAUGGCAUACCUAACGGUGUCCUGGAUAGACUGCGAGCGGAGCAGGUUAGAGCGUUCCGGCAGCCGUUCAAGAAGAAGGCCGACGAGAAGUUCCUCGGCUUCUUGGGCGACAGCUAUCGUUGGGGGGCGCCCACGGCGACCAGCCUGAAGCAGCUAUCGUGGUUGGAGGCGUACCAUAUUCCUCUCUCUUCCGCAACCCAUCCUGCCACGACUAGCACUUGCAGGUGUGUGAUAGAGGAACUCUCGUCGGCGAUGUCUCGGCUGGCGGAUCGACUUAUGGGUAUACUCGCCGAAGGAUUGGGAAGUGAUGGGAGCUACAUCAAGGAUAAUUGCAAGCGUAAUACGUGUUAUCUACGAUUAAACCGGUAUCCCCCGUGCCCGGUAGCAGGUGAGGUGUUUGGGUUGGUUCCCCAUACUGAUACUGAUUUCCUCACCGUGCUGUGCCAAGACAACGUGAUUGGGCUGCAGCUGAAGAAGGGUGGGAGAUGGAUCGCUGUUAGACCUAAUCCUGGCACGCUAAUCAUCAACGUCGGUGAUUUAUUCCAGGCGUGGAGCAAUGGACUGUACAAGAGUGUGGAACACAGGGUCAUGUCGAAUCCACACCUGGAGAGGUUCUCGGUGGCCUACUUCGUUUGCCCCUCGAAAGAAACCUUGAUCGAGAGCAGUGCACGGCCGGCCAUUUACAGGAAGUUCAGCUUCGGGGAAUACAGACAGCAAGUACAACAAGAUGUAACACUACUAGGUUACAAAGUUGGGCUCACGAGGUUUCUUGCUUCAUGCAGGCGAAACAAACACACCAAUGCACAGUUCCCUCCGUAGCUCUUGCUUGUUACGAUGAAGCAUUUUAAAACCCCUCUACGAUGUAGAUGGUGAUGAUGAUGAUGAUCAUCAUCAUUAUUAUUAUUAUUAUUAUCAAACAUGCUAAAAAAAGCUCAAACAAAGUGCUGUUCUCUCCUAACUUAUAGUACAACAUUCUCUC